AUGGCCGAUCCGCAGGAAAGCUCGAGCUCGGCGGCCGCUCGCGGCCGUUCCCCAGCUCCAGCUCCAGCCCCAGCCCCAGCGGCAGACGACGCCUCGAGCAAUCACAAUCAUGUACAUCUCAACACGCCCAGCGUGGCAUCGACAUCCACCGUCGACAAUGACACUACCUCCAGGUCUACGUCAGCAAUGACCUCCCCGCUGGUUAAGGAUUUCAUCAGUGCCGAGCCAGAUGACCAUGACCCCCGAAUCCCGGAGACCACCCCACUUCUUCAUAAUACCCAAGGGAUGGCAGGCGAGGAUACCGACGACGACGACAUUACCGCACCCCCUUUCCAGCGGACUCCGAGUCCUGGCUCUGAUACUAGGAGGAAUAAGGGGGCUGGAUAUGGGAAGGUUGGGGAUCAAGGCGUAUGCAAGAUGCAUAAAUUUUCCCUGUACGAGACUACGACUCGGUACUAUCUCGUGGGAACUAAUAUUAUGGACUCCCGUUUUCGAAUCCUAAAGAUCGAUAGGACUGCUGAUGCGGGAAGUCUGAGCAUUGCAGAGGACGAUAUUGUGUAUUCCAAGAAAGAGAUGAGCCAAUUGCUGAAUGCUAUUGAUGACGGUAAUAAGGGUACAGGAGGCCUGCACCUAAGAUGCAGCACCUGGGGUCUACUUGGCUUCAUCAGAUUUACCGGCCCGUAUUACAUGCUUUUGAUCACAAAAAGGAGUCAAGUGGCUAUGAUUGGAGGUCAUUUUGUGUAUUCCAUUGACGGCACCGAACUGGUGCCGUUGACCACAGGCUCCAGCUCACGCUUCAAACCAGAUACCAAUCACACCGAAGAAGCACGCUUCCUUGGAAUUCUCAAUAAUCUCGACUUGACGCGAUCAUUUUACUUCAGUUAUUCUUACAAUAUCACAAGAACUUUACAACAUAAUAUAAUAAUCGAGAGAGAGGCGGUGGCUAAAGGAAUAUCUUACCCUCACCCCCAAGAUUUCAAUUCGAUGUUUGUGUGGAACAGCUACUUACUGCAGCCUGCUGCCGCCGAGCUGAAAAAUACAUAUGAUUGGUGCAUACCUGUAAUGCAUGGGUAUAUCGACCAAUCUGCUCUCUCAGUCUAUGGACAAAUUGUUUAUGUUACAAUUGUUGCCAGGCGCUCAAGAUAUUUCGCUGGGGCUCGUUUCCUAAAGCGUGGGGCCAAUGAUCUGGGCUAUGUCGCCAAUGAUGUCGAGACUGAGCAGAUAGUGUCAGAAGUCCUGACAACGUCGUUUCAUGCUCCAGGCCCGAAGCUCUUCGCCAAUCCCAGCUAUACGUCCUACGUCCAACACCGCGGAAGCAUCCCCCUCUACUGGACUCAAGAUAACACCGGAGUCACACCAAAACCACCUAUUGAGCUAAAUCUUGUUGAUCCAUUUUACGGAGCCGCUGCAUUGCAUUUUGAUAAUCUUUUCGAAAGAUACGGUGCUCCGGUAUACGUUCUAAAUCUGGUGAAAUCCCGCGAGCGGAUUCCUCGAGAAUCAAAGCUCUUGCAUGAAUUCACAACUGCUAUUAAUUACCUCAAUCAAUUUCUUCCAGACGACAAAAAGAUCAUUCAUAAAGCGUGGGACAUGAGUCGCGCUUCGAAGAGCCGAGACCAAGAUGUUAUUGGCACCCUUGAGAGCAUCGCCGAAGAAGUUGUUACCACGACGGGGUUCUUCCACAACGGGGACGGGAUCACCAGUAUGCCGAAAGUUCAAAAUGGGAUUGCGAGGACGAAUUGCAUUGACUGUUUGGACCGGACGAACGCCGCCCAAUUCGUCAUUGGUAAAAGGGCUUUGGGCCACCAACUCCAUGCUUUAGGUAUCAUUUCAAAUACCCAGAUUGAAUAUGACUCCGAUGCUAUCAAUCUUUUCACUCAUAUGUAUCAUGACCACGGAGAUACCAUCGCGAUCCAGUAUGGAGGCUCCCAGCUUGUUAAUACGAUGGAGACCUACCGGAAGAUAAACCAGUGGACGAGCCACUCGAGGGAUAUGGUGGAGAGUUUCAAACGAUACUACAACAAUUCUUUCCUUGAUGGGCAGCGCCAGGAAGCAUAUAAUCUUUUUCUGGGCAACUACAUCUUCGCCAAAGGCCAACCCAUGUUGUGGGAUCUCUCAACCGAUUAUUACCUCCACCAUGCCGACCCACGAGGGUGGUCUCGGACAAGUCGUCGAAGCUACAUAAACUGGUACACGCUAUCAUUCCUUCAAAAGCGUACUCUUCCCAAAUAUCUUGAACCCCACGGAUUUGCCACCGCAAAACCCCUAGGUUUCUUUGACGACUAUUGGCUCGAAUAUUACAAACCCUACACUGUCUCCUCACUUGGAAAGAUAUUCUCAUACAUGGGAAAGAUGAACUCCACGCUCCGCUACAUCGCUCUCCGAUCUGCCCAAGACGGCCGCUACGAUCUCUCGCCAUUUAAAGUCCGCACCGAGCUCGACCAAGACGUACCAGAGAAGAAAAAGCCCAGAAAAGAAGUAACGAUUGUAGAUCCCACCGAAGAAAACGAGCACCUACAAGACGAUGAUACCGCAUCAAUAAUGUCCGGUACAACCACAAAACGCAUCUCAAUACAAAGAUGGCUCCAGCCUAGCCACGAAAGGGGCCAUCCUAGCCAUGGCGGGAUCAUGCGAGAACCUCAACAAUUCGACACGGAACCCCAAAAGCAAAAGCUCACUCCGCUAGACAAGAGCAAAGCGGCGCAAUGGACAUUUACACAGGUCGUCCACGAAUCCCUCAACCCCUCCGUAAGCCAAGAAGACUGCGACGACUACGCUCGCUACAUAUCACAUCCGCAACGUUUGCCACUUGUAGUAUCCACCGAGGUCCCAGCGCAAUUUGAUUCCGAAUACCUUAAUUACGUUAAUGGGAGUUGGCAGGAUAUUGGGAUCGUAGGGGCAAGAUCGGGGUCCGAUGAUGGUGCGGAAGGCGUAGACGGGAUUAGGAAAGAGGAUUUGGAGGAAUAUCGGGACUUCUUCGUUUUGAGUGAGAAUCCACUAGCGAUUGCGGAGGAGGAUUUUGGGAAGAAGAGGUAUAAGGCUUAUAGGAAGUGGUUGAUGGGGAAGAGCUUGUUUAAGCAGCAGCCUGUUGAUUAG